AUGGCCGGAGCUGCCGUCGCCUUCGCUCAUCAUCUGCCCGCCCGUUUCUCGCGUAGCAAGUACGGCUGCAGGAGCUGCUACUCGGUGGCUAUCUCUCUCUCUCUCUCUCGCUGUCUCUGUCUCUGUCUGUCUCUCGCUUCUUCUGGCGUUGAGCUGAUGUCUGUUGUUAUUUGCAUGGUUGAAUGUUGGUUUGGAAGAGGGGCGUGGAUGGUGAGACGGAAGGAAGCCAUUCGGUGGGGAAUCUCGGCUUGCCGACAAAGCUUCAUAAGUGGCGGAUGGUCAUUGCGUAUGAUGGCACUAGCUUCUCAGGUCAGAGCUCCUCUUUUUCUGGGAGUUCCUUCUCCCUCCUCCUCUCUCGUUUCAAAUUUACAUUCUGUUGUUCAUUGGGCUAUAUGGGAUGCCACGGUGUUCUAAUGGUACCAUCUGUUGGGAGAAUAAAUCCAUUGGUCAAGAUAAAUGCAACUUAUUGCCAAUUACUUAUGAAUUGGAAGAUUCUGAGCAUUUAAAUUGCGCAUUUUCAUGCUGCGAAAUGGAUUGCUAUAGUCCAGUCGUUUUCCAUUGGUUUUUUAGUGAGAUGAUCUAGAUUAUUUCACGCAUGCAGUCUUUUGUUCUGCAACAUCUUUCUCGAAAAUGUUAUGGGGACGGGUAUCCAGGACCUUGAAAUUGGUCAUUCCUUAUGUGAAUAUUUUUGUCCAUUGAAGCCCUUUUUUUCCUUCUCCAGCUCUUUCCCCUGCGUUCCUCAAUCAUCUCCUCCAGCUUGAUCUCAGAUAAUUUGACUUUUCUUUGUGCUUUUUUUAUCAAUGGUUUCAUUUAUACUCAGAAUAAGGUGUUUCACAAAUAUAUACUUUGUACGGAUCUAAUGUGUCAUGUGAGGGUCUCAUUUAAACUGUAUGAAUGAAUAACUGAAGGUUUUUUUACCUGUAAAGAUCGACCACAGGACUUUGAUUUGCUUAAGUGAUAGCAUUGUUAAAAGUUGAACACAUUGUGGGGGUUAUGAUUUCAGAAUUAGUUUUUCUUAGGAUCAAGAAACUGAAUGAUGGGAAGGGUUUAUUGGAGACAUGUAUUAUAUUCUAUUUUCUUCAGUACAUAAAGCAAAGUUUUUGCAAUCAAUGUUGAUUAAAUUUUCUGGGAUUAUUGAUUCAGACAUUAGGAACUGCUUUUCAGAUUAAUUAGAUUAUUUUUUCCAACUGUGAUUGCUUGUCGGAUUGUCAAUAAAAUUUUGGCGGGUGGUUCAUAGUUGAUCCCAAUAGGAGGAGAAAAUUAGAGAAGGAGACCGACUAAAGAUGGGGAAACCUAGUAAACAGUUAAAAUAAGGGGAGGGGGAAUUCUGUUGUUACUCUUGACACUAAUUGGACCCUAGCUGAAUAUAGAAAUUUCCACGCUGGCUUUUUUUCUUGAUGGAUUGACUUGGACCCUAGUUGGCUGCAAAUAGAUCUGAUUGCUUUGUGAAAUUAUUAUUCAUCAUUUAGUAUCUGAAUAUCAUAAAAAAUCAUAUUAGACGUAUAAAUUUCAAAGGUGCAGUUUUGUUAUAUUUAGUAAUCAAUUGUAUGCUGUUUGAGCUUUUGCUUCAUUCUGGCUUUACAGGUCUUCCACCGCCUUGAACUAUUGUAGCAAACUUGUUAUUUCUACUUGAAACCCGAGUUCCUUUUAUUAAUUAGUUCCCUAUUAUACCAUAAAUCUAAACAUGCUCGGUGCUGACAUCACUUUUAGGUUGGCAGUAUCAAGAAUCACCCCCAACUGUACAGUGCAUCAUAGAGAAAGCCUUAAUGUGCAUCACAAAACUUGAUAGAAAGGAGCUAUGUCUCGUUGGUGCUAGCAGGACAGACACUGGCGUGCAUGCUUGGGGUCAGGUUUGAUUUCCUAAAUUAAUGCAUCAUAAAGGAACAACUAUUACCUGAAGACAAUUAGCACAGCUUCCCUGUGUUUUUUUCUAAAUGUUCUUUAUUUUCUAUGUGUAGUCUACACGAGUUCUACCAGAAUCAUUUUCUUUUUUGAACUUUAAUGAAGCUUUUGUUCAUUUCAGGUCGCACAUUUUGUGACACCUUUUGUUUAUGAAAACUUGGAAAACUUUCAUUGUGCUAUCAAUGGCCUUCUUCCUCCUGAUAUACGAGUCAGGGAGAUUAGCCCAGCAGGCCCUCAGUUUCAUGCCCGUUUCUCAACAGAGAGCAAGAUAUAUCACUACAAGAUAUACAAUGACCCUAUCAUGGAUCCAUUUCAGUUCCGUUAUGCCUACCAUAGUGCAUACAAACUUAACCCUUCAUCCAUGAGGGAGGCUGCACGAUAUUUUGUUGGCGAACAUGACUUCUCUUCAUUUGCAAAUGCAUCACACAAUGAUAGAGUCCCAAAUCCUGUGAAAGAGAUUUUCCGUUUUGAUGUAGUUGAAGCGGUAAUUGUGAAGCAUUCGAAACCCAUCUUUUAUUUCCUGUUCUCUUAUUAUUAUUAUAUAAAUGUUGCAGAACUUAUCUUUUUUUUUUUCAAAAAUUUCCUCAGUUACUUUAAGCUACAUUUACAGGGCCCCAUUUUGCAACUUGAGGUCGAGGGCUCUGGUUUUCUUUUCAGACAAGUGCGAAACAUGGUAAACUACUGACUAUAUAGCUUGAAUGGCGCUAAUGAUGUGUAUGUCUCAUAAUUAUUCCCAUUUGACCUGUGGGUUUUGAUUUUUGGUUGAAUCCUUCCUCAGAUUAUGUCACUUAAUCCAACAGAUAGUCUUCCUCAAGCUUUGUUCUUUAAUUGCACAUGGCUAAAGCAAUACUUGUUAUUUUUAAUUCAUCAGUUACUUUUCGCAUGAAUGACUCUGUUUGUGGAAAUAUAAUCAGCCGUCUAAGGAAGAAUUCCUUGGAAUCUCUUUGCUAGAAUCUAACAAGCGUCUGUUGAAGCCCCAAAUCUUCUUUAUUUAGAUAAGGCUUAAUCUCAUGGCUCAAUUAGCAGAUCCGUAGUUAAGGUGAUUCCAAUGUAUGAAAGUCGUAACGCCUUUUUAGUGCGCCAGUAUUUUAGCCAUUUAUCUCGUUAAGGGUUGACCCAUGCUUCAAAAGGAAACACCUGAUUAUGAUGCAAGGCGCGCACAUCAGUUCAUAAAGUGGUCAGGCAACGCCAUCAACAUAAAGAGAAACCUUCUCUCUCCAAGGCAACAAAUUUGGCAUCAGGAGCAGAAAAGGAAACCUCACUUCCCAUGUAGAUGCCGACUUUAUGUAGGCAUCCCCUAUGCUAUUGUCACCUAAACAGGCACGUUAGAGUUCCCUGAUAAAUUCUUUCUAUGAAUGGACGCUGACUUUCUUAUCAAUCGAUUUUGGAUUUGAUGGCACAAUUCCUUUACCGAGAGGGUGGUAAUGCUCUCAUGGAAUUCUUCUUCUCCAUAAAUCAAAUGAACCUUUGGGAUUUUGAUGAUUUGAGCAGUCUCAGGCUGUCUCUAAUCCCUCACCUAUCUUUCUAUGGUCGCAUGGCAAAUGCCUUGGCGUUAUCCUCCUCAACCCCUCAUGCUUCGCAAUUUCGUUCUUGCUCUCCGCAGGCAGCUUUGCUGAUACAGGUGGGAAGAGAAGCGCUCCCCCCAGACGUGGUGCCCAAGAUUUUAGCCGCUCGGGAUCGUAGGGUGCUCGCCAAGUAUGCUCUACUGGCCCCACCACACGGGUUGUGCCUCAUGUCAGUCAACUACAGGGAAGGGACCCUGGAGGCCCCCACCUCGGUUAGUUUUGGUAGGCUCCGCACUGUAAGCAAAUGUAAGCUCCCAUUCUAUUGACUGUCUGAGCCAUCAAUGCCAAUUCUUGAUGCAUAUUCCUUCCACAAGUCACCACUCAGUGAAAUGGGAUCUCAGAUCAAGUAGACCCAGUUACUUUUUAACGAGAUCACCAGCUUCUGCCGUCCUAUGGGGAUUUUGAACUGGGUUUUCGCAUCUAUGUGCAUCUGAUCUUAGAUGGCACACAAACUUAGAGACUGGGGUGACAAAUUGCUAGGCUAGUUUUCCUUAAUGCCAUUAGGGGUUAACAUGUCAGUGGCCAACCUUGAGAGGGGUUGAAAAGAGUAUUCUAAGGACUGUUACGAGAUACAGUGGAAGCAGGAAAGGAGAACUGACUUAGCCCUUCUCAGGGCAGUACACCAGUAUUUAUAUUGGCAUCUAAUAAAUCUUUCCAUUAUUACGGAAAAGUCUAAUAACAGAAAUACGAAAAAAAAUACAUCUAAUAAUAAGAAAGAAAUGAAAAUAGAAGGAAAGCCUAAUUUAGCAAACAGGCUUGUUCUGUGUAACACUCCCCCUCAAGUUGAUGUGUGGAUAUCAUUCAUGCUCAACUUGCUCCUUUGUUUGCAGAACCCUGUUGCAGAAAUGCCCUUAGUUAAUAUAUCAGCCAACUGAUUUGUGGAUGAGACAUAUUCUGUGCAAAACAUUCUUGAUUCGAGUUUUUUCUUUAAUAAAAUGUCUGUCUACUUCAAUAUGUUUGGUCUUGUUAUGUUGAAUAUGUCUCAUCCACUGAUUGUCACAGAACAAGGUAAUCGAACCUUCCAUAGGUAUUUGUAAGUCAUUUAGUAUAUUUUUUAUCCAAAUGCCUUCACAAAUCCUAAGGGCCAAAGCCCGAAAUUCUACUUCAACACUUGAUUGAGCCACAACUCUCUAUUUUUGGCUUUGCCAAGUGAUCAAAUUUCCUCCAGUGCGACAACAAUAGUCAGUAGUCUGAACCAAUAUAAUCAGCAUCGGUAUAGAUGCUUACUGUAAGAGAAUCUCCCCUUUUAAACAAGAUUCCCAUGCCAAUUGUUUCUUUAAAAUAGGUUAGGACUCGUUGAGCAGCUUGAUGAUGUACCUCCCUAGGGUCAUGCAUAUAUUAGUUUAGCACUACAAGUGAGUAACUAAUAUUCAGUCUAAUAUGGGAUAGAUAAAUUAAUUUUCUCACUAAUCAUUGAUAAGAGCCCUUAUCUACUUGAUCACUUUCCUUUGAAGCCUCAAUACAAUGCUUUACUUCAAUUGGUGUACAUAUUGGUUUACAAUUACUCAUGCAUAUAUAUUUAAGUAAAUUUGUAAUAUACUUUCUUUGAGAUAGGAAUAAAUUUUCACGAGAGUAAGCUACCUCAAUUCUCAAGAAAUAUUUUAAUUGUCUCAACACUUUGAUAUCAAAAACAACCAUCAAUUGUUUUUGAAGAGUAGUGAUUUCUUACAUAUCAUCUCCCAGAACAAUCAUAUCAUCGACACAUACUAGUAAGAUCAUCAUUUCUCCUGAACUCGAUCUUUUAUAGAAUAAAGUAUAAUCUCCAAUAACUUGCUUGACCCCAAAGCUUUCAUUGUUUUAGUUUAGCAGCUAAACCAGGUUCUUGGUGACUGUUUUAAGCCAUAUAAUGUCUUCUUAAGUUUGCAUACCUUUAGAGUAUCAUUUGGGCCUUUGUAUCCUAGUGGAAGCUCCAUAUAUAUUUCUUCUAAGAUUUCUCUGUGUAAAAAUAUAUUUUUCAUAACAAAUUGUAACAAAGACUAUCCAUAAUGCACAACCAAGGAUAUUAAUAUCUGAACUGUUCCCAUCUUUGCAACUAGAGCAAAGGUCUCCAUGUAAUCAACACCAUAACAUUGGGUGAAGCCUUUUGCCACUAGCCCCUUAGAUUUAUAUCAAAUAAUGUAUACCCAUUUGCAACCCAGAAUUUUCUUCCCUUUAGGAUCUGAUUUAUUAGAAUCUCAUAUUCUAGAUUUAACCCCAUCAAAAAUUUAUACAACUUGUCUUUCAUGAUAUAAUUUCGUUCUUCAAUAUCAAGGUUCUUGAUUAGUCUAUAAUGGUCAAUUUUUCUCCAAAUGAAUUCCAAUUCACAAGCAUAUUCAAGAACAAUCAAUAUUCUCUAUACCAAAGUCAGAGAUUUCUACACCAAUCUAUAAAUUUGAGAUUUGUCCUAUUUAGUAGAGUGAACACAACGAACUUUGUCUCAUAAUUCCUUCACAAAUUUCAAAAAAAGAAAUCGAUCACUUAUCUUUAGUGAAAUAUUGUCUAACAUUCAAUAUUAAAUCAAUGCUUCUUCUUCUUUCCACCAAGAAUAUCUUAAGUUGUCAAUACUUGACAAAGAUUACGUCAAGUGACGAUUCAAAUUUCUCCCACAUAGAAUAA